AUGGCUGCCUCUCUUAUCCGUACCUCUGCCCGUGCCGCUCUUCGCGCUGGAGCUUCGGCUACUCCCAAAGCUGCGGGUGUUGCGGGUUUGACCUUUGCCCGUGGCAAGGCCACUCUGCCUGACCUGGCUUAUGACUAUGGCGCCCUUGAGCCCUCUAUCUCCGGAAAGAUCAUGGAGCUUCACCACAAGAACCACCACCAGACCUAUGUCAACAGCUACAACGCCGCCAUCGAACAGCUCCAGGAGGCUGUCGCCAAGGAGGAUAUCACUACCCAGAUCAACCUCAAGCCCCUGAUCAACUUCCACGGCGGUGGCCACCUCAACCACACUCUUUUCUGGGAGAACCUUGCCCCCAAGAGCCAGGGCGGUGGUGAGCCCCCAUCUGGAGCUUUGGCCAAGGCCAUCGACGACAGCUUCGGCAGCUUGGGAGAGUUCCAGAGCAAGAUGAACGCCGCCCUCGCUGGCAUUCAGGGAAGCGGAUGGGCUUGGCUAGUUAAGGACAAGCAGACCGGAAACAUCGGAAUCAAGACCUAUGCUAACCAGGACCCUGUCGUUGGCCAGUUCCAGCCUCUUCUCGGUAUUGAUGCUUGGGAGCACGCCUACUACCUUCAAUACCAGAACCGCAAGGCCGAGUACUUCAGCGCCAUCUGGGAUGUCAUCAACUGGAAGGCCGUUGAGAAGCGCUUCUCGUAA